AUGAAUUGUAUACCAUUGAAUAUUGAAAGCAUGGAUCCCAAUUCACCAAUGGAUCUGUUUCACGGUUACCGAGGUAUUGAUGCGAGACGUAAUCUUUGGGUCUUACCAUCUGGGGAAUUGCUUUAUUAUGUAGCCGCUGUAGCUGUGUUGCUCGAUCGUGAUGAAGAUGCGCAGCGUCAUUAUAUUGGACAUACAGAAGAUAUCAUGUGCAUGGAUGUGCAUCCAUCAAGAGAACUUGUUGCAUCCGGACAGAAAGCAGGUCGAGAUCGUAAAUCACAAGCGCACGUACGCAUAUGGAGUACUGAAUCUUUACAAACCUUAUAUGUGUUCGGAAUGGGUGAAUUGGACAGUGGAGUUACUGCCGUAGCAUUUUCACAAUUGAACGGUGGUAGUUACAUUUUAGCUGUGGAUAGUGGACGUGAAAGCAUACUAUCUGUUUGGCAAUGGCAAUGGGGACAUCUAUUAGGAAAAGUAGCUACAUUGCAAGAAGGUUUGUCGGGAGCAGCUUUUCAUCCAUUAGAUGAUAAUCUUAUUAUAACACAUGGACGUGGUCAUUUGGCUUUUUGGCAUAGACGUAAAGAUGGUUUCUUUGAGCGUACCGAUAUAGUGAAACAGCCCUCACGUUCUCAUGUCACAAGCGUUCAAUUUGAACCGGAUGGCGAUGUAAUCACUGCUGAUUCGGAUGGUUUUAUAACAAUCUAUUCAGUCGACUCUGAUGGUGCUUAUUUUGUGCGUACCGAAUUUGAAGCACAUAACAAAGGUAUUGGUUGUCUCAUCAUGCUGGGAGAGGGUACUUUAUUAUCAGGUGGUGAAAAAGAUCGAAAAAUCGCUGCAUGGGACUCACUGCAAAAUUAUAAAAAAAUUGCCGAUACAAAGCUGCCGGAGUCUGCUGGUGGCGUACGCACUAUUUAUCCCCAACGUCCGGGCCGGAAUGACGGCAAUAUAUACGUUGGCACCACACGUAACAAUAUCCUUGAGGGCUCUUUACAACGGCGAUUCACACAAGUUGUUUUCGGACACGGCCGUCAAUUGUGGGGUUUGGCCGCACAUCCUGAAGACGAGCUUUACGCUACCGCUGGCCAUGACAAACACAUCGCCUUGUGGCGUAAAAAUAAACUUAUUUGGAGCAUACAAACGGGCUAUGAAUGCGUUUCGUUAGCAUUUCAUCCAUUUGGUACCGCUCUGGCUGCUGGCAGCACUGAGGGUCAUUUACUUGUAAUAAAUUGUGAAAAUGGUUCGGUGAUGUUGACAUUGCGAGUGUGCGGUUCACCGUUAAAUUGUGUUGCCUACAAUCAAGUUGGUGACAUGAUCGCAAUGGGCUCACAAAAUGGUAGCAUUUAUCUUUUCCGUGUCUCUCGAGAUGGUUUCUCAUACAAAAAAGUGAAUAAAAUUCGUGGCUCCCAACCGUUAACGCAUUUGGACUGGAGUAUGGAUGGCAAUUAUGUACAAACAGUAACAAUUGAUUUCGAUUUACUUUUCUGGGAUGCAAAGUCACUCUCACCAGAGCGCAGUCCCAUUGCCAUGAAAGACGUUAAAUGGUUAACAAGCAACUGUACAGUCGGCUUUUUGGUUGCUGGCAUGUGGAGCAAUCGCUACUACAGCAACACUACUUCGAUCAUAGCCACCUGCAGUCGUUCAUCUACACAGGAUAUGCUAGUUUCAGGCGAUGCAGAUGGUUAUUUACGUUUGUUUAGAUAUCCAUGCAUUAGUCCACGUGCAGAGUUUCAUGAAUCAAAGGUGUACUCUGGUAUGCUUGCAUGCGCACGUUUCCUUUACGGGGAUCAAACAGUUGUUACAGUGGGUGGCACAGACGCUUCCCUCAUGGUCUGGGAUCUUGUUGAGGAAUAGCUGAAAUGGCCACCGUGGCGACCCGCUGCACAACAUGAGGCGCGCUAUAAUGACUAUUGGCAUAGACGUUUCUCGAAAGCGUCGUCAACCGGCUUAGAUAGUGACUCCAACGAAUAUCAAUAGCUGGAAUUGAAUGUGCUCUAGUUCUUAAUAGCAAUGACCUUAGUAUAAGCGCAGCUUUUUAUAUAAUCAGAUCUAAAAUAAAUCGAAGAGGCAUUAUUUUUUGUCUAUUUUGUUAUAGAAAUUAUCAAA